AUGGUAUAUUUCAUUCCACCGCGUUCGCCGCACUUUGGGGGUUUGUGGGAGUCUGCGGUGAAAUCCGCAAAGUACCAUCUAAAGAGGGUUUUAAAUGAUCAGAAGUUAACGUUUGAAGAGUUGUAUACAGUGAUAAUCCAAGUGGAGGCAUGUCUGAAUUCCCGGCCAAUUACUCCUGUAAGUGAAUCUGCGGAUGAUUUGGAAAUUUUAACGCCAGGUCAUUUUUUAAUGGGUAGCUCACCCUCUGCUCUACCUCAAGAAGAUAUAAAAGGUCAUAAUCCAAAUCGCUUACAAAGGUAUCAGUUAUUGACUCAGUUUAUCCAAAGUUUUUGGAAACGAUGGCAAACGGAGUAUUUGGGUAACUUGCAACAGCGAUCUAAGUGGCGCAUAAGAGCGGACUCUAUAAAGAUUAAUGACAUGGUGUUGGUGAAAGAAGAUAACACUCCGCCCAUGAAAUGGCAGUUAGGACGAGUAGUGGAGUUACACACGGGUAGUGACGGGAUAUGUCGUGUUGUGUCGCUUAAAACCGCGAGUGGUUUAAUAAAGAGGUCUACUUCUCGUGUAUGUGUUCUACCAUUUGAAGACAGUAAUUAA